AGAAUAGCAAUGCCAGUUAGCGAAGCCAAAAUGCGGGGAAGUGCUGUGUCAGAGGAAAUUUGCGAAAUGACUGAUCAAGACAGCAGGACUUGGGGGAGCUGCGGAGCGUUGCCGUCCUCUUUUGAUCCAAAUCAUCGAAAGUACAGAUGUUGCUGUGGUCAUGUCCACGCUACGACGGGUAUGCAGAUAAUUCUCGCUUUGCUCAGCAUUACGGUGUUAUUCGACAUGUGGCAGGUUAUAGGGGGUCUAGCUUCCUCACCCAAGCUUGAUAAGUACGAUAUGGUUAGUGUAGCAGUCCGGUUUGCUAUCGGAGCUGGUAUCACAGGAAGUAUACUGGUAUCUUUAGUCACGGAAAGAGCUGCGCUCCUUGUCCCGUAUCUACUUUUGCAAGGGGCUGGUCUGGCCGCAGGACUUGUCUUUUUCGUCGCGUUUUUGUACAUUUCGUUAUUUGGUGAUCGCUCAACGGCUGCGUCCUUUCUUCGGUCACAUGGCCAUAGUAUCAAGUCAAAAGAGGACCUUCAACUCAAUUAUAUCAGCUGGCUAAUGGUCAUCUCGUUUGCAAUCGUUAUCCUACUGCAAGUCUGGCUAAUGAGCAUCGUUAUAGCUUGUUGGAGAUACAUGAGAGACAAGAGAGCGUUCAACAAAAGUCUCGGAGCAAUCGAAGUACCGUCAAGACCUUCGUCAAAGAAUACCAUGCGGACUACGCGAUCUGCCGAUCAGUUGGACCAGAAACAACCAAAGGUGGAGGCGACGCGAACAAGUAGUGCUACAUUAGACUAUGUGUAGCUUAUUCUCCCAAAUUAUUGAUUUGUUUAUGCAAUGUUGAUUUAUGUCGAUUUUAUUGUUUGAC